CCUCCAUCGACCUCCCUCUCCGGUGGAUGGUUGGAGGAGAAUGGGGGAGGAGGGCCGCUCUUUACUGGGACCUCCUCCUGGAAAGCGGCGGAGAAUGGGGGAGGAGGGCCGCUCUUUACUGGGACCUCCUCCUGCAAAGCGGCGGAGGAUGGGGGAGGAUGGCCGCUUUUUACUGGUACCUCCUCCUUCAAAGCGGCGGAGGAUGGGGGAGGAGGGCCGCUCUAUAGUGGGACCUCCUCCUGCAAAGCGGCGGAGGAUAGAUGGGCUAGAGAUUGGCAGCGAUGUCCUCCCCCACUCACACAUGUCUCACCAGCCCCCGCUCCACAGACUCCAACUCUCUUCAGACAAACCCGGUCUUCUUCCCCUGCCUGGGAGCCUUGAGAUGAUCCAAGGAGACGCAGAUCGAGGAACCAUUACACCUCUAAAGGACCUGCCGAUGCCACUCGCCCAGAGGAGGAUCAAGUUGAACAGACAUCUGAGGAGAAAAGGCAGAAAAGGCAUCUUCUCAGCACCAUUAGGUCCUGAGAAGAUGUCAUCCACAUCAGACCGAUCAGCUUCUUCCAGCGUUUCCGAAGGUGACAGAUCCAACAGUACAACAGAAGGGGCUGGACAAAAGGAGCUGUCUGCAUCUGCAGAGAGGAGAGCCUCUCGCGAAAGACCAGGGAGUGCUGGAGAGAGACUGCAGGGCUCAGACCGAGAGCAGGACAGAGUCUCAGGACCAGAUCCAGUGUCUGGAUCAGACAGAGACAGAGGUGUGGGUUCUGAAAGAGAGAGAGAGAGGGACAAGGUUUCGGGGUCGAGCUCACAGAAAGUAGCAGCGACAGCGGAGAGAGACGGCGACAGAGAGAGCUCAGUUGUUGUUUACUGCUUUAAUGUUUUUGUGUAUUGCCUUCGUGGAAUUCUUAAGAUCUUCAGUUGGUUUUGUUCCUCAUCCAAUGUUUGUGGGUCUGGUGGACCCACUGCGUUAUUGGGAACACCACACAAGGGUUAAAUACAUUAGUUUAUUUGCUUUUAGCUGUUAAGCUUCGUCAGAUUUAAAUUUAAAUUUGAAACUGAGAAGUUUGUAGUUGUUUAUUAGAAACAGGUAUCUAAACUCAAUGAAAACUAAAUACCUUGCAUUCUCACUAGUUUGUAAUGUCUCCAGUUUUAGACAUAUAAUGGCACAUGACUUGUCUUGAAUCACGAAGCUUGUUUCUGAUCACUUUAACUUUUCAAAACCAAAAAAGCAACAUUCACACCUAGUUUCACAGUGUGCUUGAUCAGCUGUGUGGAGGUGAGAAAUGAACCAUGGUAUCAACAUCCCUCUCAGCUUGUUUCUUCAUUUAUUCAGCUAUUUUUGGGGCCUUUCAUGUCAUCAACUGAGAGCAAUGUCAUUUGGGAGAAAGUAUUUGAAAAU